CCCCCUCGCUGCCGUCAGCAGUCAAUCAGAAGGAGCCCUCUAGACUGGCGAUCCUACAGUAAAUAUUUGUGUUUGCUGAGCCGGCUGUAAUGGUGGAUCACUGAAAGAGACAGAAAGGGAAAGAGAGAGAGAGAGAAAAAAAACAGAAGCAAGGACCGAGACGCAGAAAGAAUAUCACACGACACGCUUGAAACGGUUACCGCUUCGGCGACUAUGGAUGAUCUAAAGCACCAAGUGAUGAUCAAUCAGUUUGUUUUGACGGCUGGGUGCGCGGCGGACCAGGCGAAGCAGCUCUUGCAAGCGGCACACUGGCAGUUCGAGACUGCGCUCAGUGCCUUUUUUCAAGAAGCCAACAUCCCGUACAGCCACCACCACCAGAUGAUGUGCACUCCUGCCAACACGCCGGCGACGCCCCCGAACUUCCCCGACGCCCUGACGAUGUUCUCGCGUCUCAAGGCCUCCGAGAGCCUCAACAGCAGCAGCAGCCCCAUUGCCUCCAUGGCAACCUCCCCCCCACCACAGGUCAGCUGGGCGAUGACCCCCCCUCCCCCCAGCCAGCAGGGACUGUGGACUCCAGGGCAGCCCCCCUCACAGGCGCCCCCUCCUGGCUGGCCCGCCACAGUCACCCAGCAAGCCUCCUCGGAACAGAAGGCCAGUGUUGCCAUGGAGGCAGAGAGAUGAGGGCCGGGACUGGGGGGGGCCGCACACUGAAGGGGAGGAGGGGUGGGGGGUGGCUGGGGGGGGGAUAUGGGGGCAGGGCGGCUUUCUCUAACUUGCCGAGGACGGGCUGGGGACUGAGGGGGUGAGGGAGGGAGGUGGGGGGUCUGAGGAAUUGAGAACAGUGGACAAUUGCAGAGGGAGGAAACGCAGAGCAACUGCAGACAACAGUAAUACAACACACACACACACACACACACACAUGCGCGCACAGACCCGCGAGUCUUUUUACUUUCUGAAAAUGGUGGAUUCCGGGCGGAAGAGUUCAAUCGAAGACAUUUCGGAAGGCAGGGGGUCUGCCGGCACCUUGCAAGGUAACGGGAACGCGUCUUUCCCAUGGAUCUGGUGUCCUUGCACCGCUGGACAGAAGUGGCCGUGGAGACCUGCUUUCAGAUCAAGGGCCGUCACUCACCUCCCCUGUCACCUGACUUUUUGCAACCUAUCAGGGAGCGUCCUGCCUCAGGAUAUCACAUGAUGGUUGAUGUCACAAGAGAGGGACCGGCUGGCUCUCGCCGUCUCCGGGACAACAGGAGGCCUGUUCGCUUUGCUGAGGGGCGGGGCAGGGAGAGGCCAUGCAUUUGGACACCGAAUGACAGCAGACUAAAAAAUCUCUCUAUAUAUUAUUUCUGCAAAGAUCUGCAGAUUUAGGUAUUUUUAAAUCCUCAUUUAGGCUUGUUGUUAUUUUUAUUUGGGGGAGGGCUGUGUUUUUUUUUUUGUUCUGGGGAGGGAGGGGUCAAGAUUAAGCGAAACAAAACCUGACUACUAUUAGAAAUGUUUUGUAAACAGAGGUGCCACUGCAUGAAGUGUUCCAAUGUGUACCAUCUUUUUUUGUAGAAAA